UUUCCCCCCGACUCUAACUGAUAAUACACACAUUGCUCAUUUGCCUCACAUCAUUAAGUGAUAAGAGUUCAGAAGGUAGUUUACUCUACGACUGUACCUUGCCUUUAGCCUCUUUUUACGUUCGUCGCCGACCCCGCUACAUGAGGAGGGAGCGAGAUUUAAAUGUUUUCUCUUUAGCUGUCACAACAGUUCCUGCAUGUGUGUAUUGUGAUUGGUGUGACAGAAACAAGGGACUUGUCGCAUCCAAUUGCAAGGCACAUAAAGACAAACAAUAAUUGAUAUUUACACGCAGGGUCAAUUUCAAGUCUUAAAUUAACCUCGCGUGCAUAUUUUUUUUGUGUGGGAAGAAGCAGGGCACGAGGAAUACCUAUCUGGAGAAAAGCUACACCCGCACUGGUAGAACAUGCAAAAUCCACACAGGAAGACCAGAGUUAAGAUUCAAAAGCCGAACCUCGGUAAUGUGAUGCAGAGUUGCAGACGUGCAAACCACUCAUCCGCACUUUGUAAUAUUUUUUAUAACUAAGAGACUAUGCAAACCUCGUGUCUCGGGAGGGAACAUAUGUGCCCAGAACAUCUAAUUUUCACUUACGCGGUAUUAUUUAUGUUUGAUUGAUUCUAGACUUUUAAAUUGCCCUUCUGUGUUUAUGUUGUUAGUCCGUAUGACCCCUGCGAUUGGCUGUUGAUCAGUCCAGGGUGUACACCGCCACUGCUCACCUGCGACACGAGCAGUAGAAAAUUUGGAUGGAACAGAAGGCAUAAUUAACCCAUAUCCUAUCGACUUUGAGUGACAUUAUAAUAAUGUGAAAUGUGCUCGAUAAAGAUUGGGAAACAUUGCUGUGACGCAUGUGCCAUUUGUAUUAUUCCUUCUUUUGCACCGAACAUAUUUCCUCUUUCACUUCAAUGUAGGCGUGACAAUGACUUGAAGUGUGGCAGCUACAUUGAUUAAAUUAACAAGUAAACUACACGUCCUGAUGUGCCGCUUGCUGCUGGUCCUUGCAGAUUUAACGCUUUGACCGUAUAGAAACGCGUUCGUGUAGUUUAAGGUGAAAUCAGAAGAGUGCACCGUAUCAAAAGCCUCUUGUUUUUAGUAGGGUGUCAUUAAAAUCUCCAGUUCCUCCGCUGAAGAAGAGCCCAGCUUUGGGAUUGGGUAGCGAGCAGAUAGCGUAACAUCCCCCUCCUCCUCUCUGUUGAGAAUUGCGUUAAAACGAAAAAGGAUAGGCCUGCGUUUUAUCAAUAUAACAGAACACAUUUGUUUUUUUUAAUUUUUAUUUUCCUUACUUCUUAAUAAAACGAGGACGCGUUGCUGGCUGGUGUAUGUGUUUAGAAUGGGACACGCUGAAGGUCCAGUCAAAGAAAAAGACAGUUAAGGAUGCCGGAGCCCAACAAUGGAUUUCUCCUUCUCUUUCAUGCAAGGGAUCAUGGGAAAUACAAUUCAACAACCCCCUCAGCUUAUUGACUCAGCCAACAUCAGACAGGACGGCACCUGCGACACUGGCAGUGACCCUGGCGAGGAUGGCGGUCCCUCCUAUGAUGCGGCCCUGGAUGCGGACUUCUACCCGCACUCAGCGUCAGAGGACCUGCCGCACGUCUCCAACGGCUACCCGCCGGGUCUGGGCAUAUAUGAACCACAGUCCAAAUUCUCAAUGUACUCGCAGUUCCCCAACGGUUCGGCUAAUGGUUACGGGCCCAUACGCAGCUACGCGGAGCAUGGCCUCCUCAUGCCGGGGGAGAGCACGGUGCUAAGGGGCCCCGGUCUCCAGGAAAGACCUCGUUCCCCUGUUUCGCCACCACUGCCCACCCAUCACCCACACUUGCACCACCACCAUCAUCACCAUCACCUCCCCCACGCGCACCACUUCCUGUCAAACACGCCUCACAUCCAAAGCCACCCGCAGAGCCCCCCGCCGCUGCCCCUGCCCACCCAGCACCACCUUCCCCACACACCUCACAUCAUGACCCACACGCUGCCUCCUCCUCCACCCUUGCACCUGCCCUCGUCCAGCCCUCCCCCCUCCCUUGUGGACAGUACGCCCUCUUCGCAGCCCGUUCACCCCCCUCCCAGUGCUUCCGCGGGAGUGCUGAAGAAAACCAGCUCCCCUGAGAUCAAGCUGAAGAUCAUCAAGACGUAUCAGAAUGGCAAAGAGUUGUUUGAAACAGCACUGUGCGGAGAUUUGCUGCAGGAACUGCAGAAGGAAUCUCAGCAGAAAGAGGCGGCUCAGGUGCAGCGACGACACGAAAGGAAGAAGGAGAAGAGGAAAAAGAGUGCAAAGCUGCAGCUCCACAUCCAGGAGCAGAAUUUGGAGCCUGUCCAAGGCCAGGCGGGUACCACGGGCCAGACGGAGGACACCCACGUCCAGCCGCCGCCGAGAGAGCCUCCGCCGGACCAGACGGAGAAGCCUCAGAAGACCGUUAUCCAAACUGAACCAAAGGUUCCGAAAGUCAAUCAACCCUCAGUGAUCCAAGAGACAGGAUUCUGCAAAGAGUUUGUCAUUGGAGAUCUAGUGUGGUCCAAGGUGGGCACCUACCCAUGGUGGCCUUGCAUGGUUUCUUCCGACCCACAGAUGAAGGUGCACACGCGCAUCAAUACAAGAGGUCACCGAGAGUACCACGUCCAGUUUUUUGGCAGCGUAGCAGAGCGAGCGUGGAUCCAUGAGAAGAGAAUCGUUAUAUACCAGGGCAAGCAACAAUUUGAUGAGCUCCAGGCGGACACGCUGCGCAAGACCACAAACACUGUGGAAAAACACAAACUUCUGAAGCCUAUCCCUCAGAGGGAGCGCGCUCAGUGGGAAGUCGGCGUAGGCCACGCAGAGGAUGCCUUCCUGAUGACACGUCAGGAGCGCAUUGACAAUUACACUUUCAUUUACGUCGACCCGGUCCCUAACGAGACCCCAAUCGCCAAGAAACCCGUCGGCCGGCCUGAGAAGCGGAACCGGCGCUCCAGCGGUUCGACCACCAAGAAAGACGACGGAGGAGUGAAGUCACCCGAGAGAGAGCAGCCGCCAAGGAGACAGCUGCCGCGUCGGCAGUGUAGUAUUUCGAACGCAGACGACAAUAAUGGCUCGAAUGAGAAGAAGAACUUGAGGGGUGACCAGAGUAAGUCUGACUCCCCUCAACGGGACAAUGGUUCUGAUGGGGGAGCCAAGCAGGAUUCCCCCCCACCAGUCAGGGCAUGGAAAACUGCAGCAGCAAGGAAGCUGCUGCCUCUCUCCAUCACCAUGAAGAGGUUGAAUGUGGAGAUCACAAAGUGUGAUUGGCCUCUGCUGCAGAAAAAAAUGGCUCCAUCACCUAAAAAAGAAGUGGAGAAGGAUGAGGAGGAGGAAGAAGAAGAGGAGGCGGAGGAGGAGAGAGUGGAGGGAGAAGGCAGGCAGCCUGAUCUGGGCUACUGUUCACCUGAGCAGGAAAACAGAGCCAAACCCGAGCCCAGUCCCGAGGAGGACGAAGAUAUGGACGAUAUGGAGGAAGAAGGGGAGGAGAGGAGAGAAUCUCCCGCAAGUCGGAGAAGCGAAGAAGGCGGAACGCAGCCCACCUCCUCUCCUGGCUCUCAUCACAGCAGUCCACAUGGUUCUCAGGAGAGGAAGCUGCAGCGGCGGUCCGUCAGAAGCAGAUCGGAGUCCGAGAGAGGCAACGACACCGUCCCGAAGAAGAAAACCAAAAAGGAACAGGCAGAGAUGGCGCCCGAGGCAACACCGAGGGCAGGUUCCCAGAAAGGAGCCAGUGAGAUAUCUGAUGCCUGCAAACCGCUAAAGAAGCGGAGUCGAGCCUCGACAGACGUGGAGAUGGCUUCCUCUCAGUAUAGAGACACGUCGGAUUCAGAUUCCAGAGGCCUCAACGAUCCUCAGGGCUUAUUUGGGAAGAGUCUUGAUAGUCCAGCUGCUGCAGAUGCAGAUGCCUCAGACACUCAGUCUGUGGACUCUGGAUUGUCUCGUCAGGACAGUAGCACGGGGAAGAGGGACACUGUCUGCCAGAUUUGCGAGGUCUACGGUGAGAACUUGGUGGUGUGUGAAGGUGACUGCAACAGGCAGUUCCACCUCGAGUGUCUCGGUCUAACGUCCCUACCUGAAGGAAGGUUCACGUGCCUGGAAUGUAGAAACGGGAAUCACCAAUGUUUCAGCUGUAAGAAAGCAAGCCAGGAGGUGACACGUUGUUCCGUGACGGGCUGCGGAUGUUACUACCAUGAGGAUUGUGUACGGAAACUCCCAGGUACUACCAACAACACUGGCGGAGGCUUCAGCUGCCCUCAGCACAGCUGCGCCACCUGCUGUCUGGAGCGAGACCUGCAGCGAGCCAGCAAAGGUCGCCUGAUGCGUUGUAUCCGCUGCCCAGUGGCGUAUCACACAGGCGACAGCUGUGUGGCGGCGGGCAGCGCCAUCCUCACUCAUCAUAUCAUGAUCUGCAGUAGCCACGGCAGCACCAAGAAGAACGGCCUCCUAACUUCGCCUGUCAACGUGGGCUGGUGCUUCCUGUGUGCCAGAGGGCUGUUAGUGCAAGACCUUACUGACACCAUAUUAAGUUCAUAUGCCUAUAAGUCCCACUACCUUCUGACUGAGUCAAAUCGUGCUGAGUUGAAAUUACCUAUGAUUCCCUCUCCUUCGUCAGCUACCAAAAAGAAUGUUGGGAAAGGAGGCAAGUUGCUGUGCUGCGACUCCUGCCCGGCUUCCUUCCACCCGGAGUGUUUGGAGAUGGAGAUGCCUGAGGGGCCUUGGUCCUGCAGCGAUUGUAGGGCCGGCAAGAAACCUCACUACAAACAAAUUGUCUGGGUCAAACUGGGAAACUACAGGUGGUGGCCAGCUGAGAUCUGCAACCCUCGCUUGGUGCCAUCGAACAUCCAGAGCCUUCGUCACGAUAUUGGUGACUUCCCCGUCUUUUUCUUCGGUUCCCAUGACUACUACUGGAUCAAUCAGGGCCGUGUCUUCCCUUACGUCGAGAACGACAAAAACUUUGUGACUGGUCAGAUCAACAUCAACAAGACUUUUAAGAAAGCUCUGGAAGAAGCAGCCCGGAGGUUUCAGGAGCUCAAGGCCCAGAGGGAGAGCAGGGAGGCUUUGGAGCAGGAGCGCAACUCUCGCAAACCGCCUCCCUACAAAUUCAUCAAGUCCAACAAACCUGUGGGGAAAGUGCACAUGCACGUUGCUGACUUAUCCGAAAUCCCACGCUGCAACUGCCGGCCCGCAGACGAGCACCCGUGCAGCCUCGACUCUCAGUGUCUCAACCGCAUGCUGCAGUACGAGUGCCACCCUCAGGUAUGUCCUGCAGGAGAGAAUUGUGAGAACCAGUGUUUCUCUAAGCGCCUCUAUGCGGAGUCGGAGGUGAUCAAGACAGAGGAACGUGGAUGGGGCCUCAGAACCAACCAGGCUCUGAGGAAGGGUGACUUUGUGACCGAGUAUGUCGGAGAAGUCAUCGACUCGGACGAGUGUCAGCAGCGAAUUAAACGCGCCCACGAAAACCACGUCACCAACUUCUACAUGCUAACCCUUACUAAGGAUCGUGUGAUUGACGCUGGUCCAAAAGGGAAUUCUUCCCGGUUCAUUAACCACAGCUGCAGCCCCAACUGUGAAACCCAAAAGUGGACGGUCAAUGGCGAUGUCCGCAUUGGACUCUUUGCUCUCUGCGAUAUAGAGGCUGGCACCGAGAUGACAUUCAAUUAUAACCUGCACUGCGUCGGCAACAGGAGAACAUCUUGCCACUGUGGAUCAGACAACUGCUCAGGUUUCCUCGGGGUGCAGCCGACUAGUGCUGUGGUGCAGGAGAAAGAGGAGAAGGCCAGGAAUGCCAAGCUGAGGCAGAAAAAGCGGAAACUGCGGCUGGAGGGCAAACACACACACGAGUACUUCUGCUUUUGCUGCGGAGAGGGAGGAGAGCUGGUGAUGUGUGACAGGAAGGAGUGUCCCAAGGCGUACCACCUCCUGUGUCUCAACCUCACCAAGCCGCCAUAUGGUCGUUGGGAAUGUCCCUGGCACGACUGCAGUAUCUGUGGCACGCCGGCCUCAUCUCUCUGUGACUUCUGCCCUCGCUCCUUCUGCCCGGACCAUGAGGCGGGGGCGCUUACCGCCUCUUCGCUGGAGGGCCGCCCCUGUUGUUCCAGCCACAACCCCCUCAGUCCCCUGGCGUCCAGCCCCAGCUCCGCUCAACCGCCGCCGCCACCGCUGUCUUCUUCUCUGAGCCCCGUCACUGUCAAAGAGGAACCGCAGGGAGAUGAUGUGGCGCCCUCGUUACCUCGUUCCCUGUAAAAUGCACUCCGGGCGCGCCACCCACCUGUGCUCAAUAAAGGGAAUAUAACAUUUUUGGAUUUUUUUUUUUUUUUUUUUAAUUUCUUUGUCGGACCUUCGGGGCCGAGACAUUGUUGAAGAACUCCUUAAGUGGCAAGCGCAGUGAGAUUGGAGCAACGUGGGACGAGGACGUGCGCCAUUCUCCGCUCCUCUGGCUGUAAAACAUCACUAACACACGACAGCGCCAAGAUCCCGGACCAAAUCCUCGUUUUGUUCUCCCGUCGGAUAAUCCCCAAGUGUUGUCAGUAGCCGUCCCUUUGAAGGAAGUGAGGUGGCGGGAGGUGACGCCAUGCCGCUCCUCCUCUUGUUUACCUGCUGUACACCGCGGCUGGCGUCUUACACACUCCCACUGCCCCCCCCCGACACCAUGACCCGUCAUCGUAUCGCGUUCCUCCCCUUCCUCGUUGACAAACCGGAGGGGCGACACUUUUUGUGCAAUUUAUUUUUUUUUUAGGACCACACUACAUUCCAACAUUCAUUUAACCAUGUUUUUUGAUAUACUUAUGGCUAUAGAUGAAUAUAAUUAUAUACGUAUCUAUGUUUGUUAAUGUUUACAGGCAGAUUUUUUUUUUUUUUUCACUUCAUCUCGGUGAGUGGUGUAUUUCUUUGUUUAGAUGUUGCGCGAACCUCCUUGUGAAAAUCGUCCUAUUAAGGUGAAAUACUGUAUAAUGAUAUAUAAGCGUACUGGUAUAACAUUACACAAGUACUUGUGACUUUUUGUUGGCUCAUUUAUGUGUACAUAAUUGGCUCAUGAUAUUGUAAAGUACUUAGCAACAGGGAGGCAUGGAGCCCAGCCUCCACACUUGAUUUUUAACACGACAGAUUUUUUUUUUUUUUUUUUUUAAAUAUAAAAAUAUGUUCCACAUUUUCUCUGAGCGGUUGUCAUGCUCAAGGGAGGGGGGGGGGGGGGGGGCAGCCAGUGAGCACUGCUGAUGUAGUAUCGUUAAUCAGCCUUAAGGAAUAACUUCAGUUCCGUCGCGGCUGUAGGAACUACUGCCCAGAUGCAUUUCAAUGAUGUUUGUGUACUGUGACCUUUUUUUUUUUGAUGUUGUUUGCCAAAACUUCUCUGAAAAGCACUUUCACACGCCUUUGUCAUUACACUAUUUAGUUAGGUCACACAUAUACAGAAAUGUGUAUUAAAGGAACGUUAAGUGUUUUGAAAAUGGAUACCUCUUCUUCUGGUACUAACAUAAGAAUUUAAAAUGUGUUGUGACAAAAAAAAAAAAAAAAUUGGGGGGCAGGGGGCAAAAUUUGAACAACUGCCAGCCUGGUGUUGAAGAAAUUGUGAAUUCGUUUCAUGACACACACAGUCCAGUAGAGUGUACAAAAUACAACCUGUACAGUGUUUUUAAAUUGCUCAUCUGUCGAAAUCUUUUGUAUUUAUUGCACCACAUUUUAUACCAAUUGCUUUGUCAAACACCGGUGCAGUAUCCCCUGUUCCCACCGUGUGACAUUUAAAAAGGAAAAAAAAAAAUAACCCGAUGGGGUUCACGUAUUAUACCUGUAAGUAGUGCAUUGUUUUUUGUUUUUGUUUUGUUUUGUUUUUUUCCUACAUAGGUGUAAUGAUUCCACAUUAGCCGCUGCUCAUGUGUGGUGACUUGUCACUGUCACUGUAUUUGCUGUUGAAAGCAGUUCAGUAUUGGAAUGUUUAUCGUCAUGCCUCAGUCUUGAUCAUGCUCCCCGGGUUUUAGGGUAUUUUGUUGGUUUUAACCUCGCUAGGUGACAGUUAAGUCGGUGUCAAUGCACAACAACUUAUUUAGGAAAUUUCAAUUAUGUAAAAGGGUUUACAAACGGGGGAGUGGGGGUGGGCAUUUAACAACUUAAUAUUUGGACAAAUAAUGGCUCUCGGUUGCAUUAAGUUAGAUGCACCCUAUCGCCAUGUUCUUUUUCCGCCUACGUGUGUAACAUUGUGUCAUUUGUCGGCCAUUUCCCUCAGUGAUGUAAAGUGCCAUGAAAAAGUAUUUGCCCUCAUGUUAAAUUCUGAUUUUUUUUUUUUUUUUUUUUGCAUAGUUAAAUGUGUUCGAUCAUCAAACAAGUGUCAUUAUCAGACAAAGAGAAACCAAGUGAAUGCAAAAUGCAGUUUUUAGGAAAAAAAAAAAUUCAAAGCUACCUGGCACUGUGAGAAAAAAAGUACUUGCCUCCUCAAGUUCAUAACUGGCUGGCAACAGAAAUCAAUUGCUUUAUAUGCCGAUGAGUCUUCCAAAUGUCUGGAGAUAUUUUGGCCCACUAUUCUUUACAGAGUUGAUUCAGUUCAGCAAUACAAGAAGGUUUGAGCAUGAACAGCCCUUGUUAAGAUCAUGCCACAACAUUUCAAUUGAAUUGAAGUCCGGACUUUGACUAGCCACAAGACCUUCAUUUUAGCCAAUCAUAACUUGACUCUAUUCUGUUUGGAUCAUUUGUCCUGCUGCAAAAGCCAAGUAUGCUUCAGCUCGAGGUCACGAACUGAUUUUCAAACUUCCUCCUUCAGUUUAUUCUGGUAAAGAGCAGAAUUCACACUUCAAUCAAUCACAGCAAGUAAACCAUGUUCCUGAAGGAGAAAAUAAGCUCCAGAGCAUCACACUACUGACUGUUAGUUAGCGUUGUUUUUUUUUUUUUUUCUGAAAUGUUGUGUUGUAUUUUUUUCCAAAUUGAAAUGAGAUAUACACCUUCCAAAAAAGUUCAGCUUUUAAAUAGUCAGUUCACAGAAUUUUUGCCAAAUUUUUUUUUCCCCCUAUGUAAGGGGGGUCUUUGUGUUUUUGUUCAGUGGAGGUUUCCAGCUUGGAACACUGCCAUUGAUGUUAGUUUUGCACUCCUCUUCCUUAUUAUUGAGUCAUGAACACUGACUCUGAGGGGAGGGAGAUUAGCAGUUUUUUUGUUUUUUUUUUUAAUGUUGUCCUAGGUUCCAUUGCAACCUCCUUGAUGAAUCGUCGCUGUGCUCUUGGGGUAAUUUUUGUAGGCUUUUUACUCCGGUUUCAUGUUUGUACCUUUUGUUGAGCAUAGCUCUCACAGUGGUUCACCGAAGUCUGAACGCUUUCGGAAUGACUUUGUAACCCUUUCCAGUCUGAUCGAUGUUUUACUUUAUUUCAUAUCUAUUACUGUAUUUCUUUGGAUUGUGGCAUUUUGUUGCAGCAUUUUUUAAAAAUCUUUUGGCCAACUUAAUUUUGUCAGACAGAAUGGAUGGAAGGGUUCUAUUUAAGUGAACAGCUCUCCAAAGAAUGUGAUUAGGCACAGUUAAUUCACAAGUUAACAAGGGGAGCAAGUCCUUUUUCCACGGAGAGUCAGGUAGCUUUGAAUAUUUGUUUCCCUUAAUAAAUUAAAUCACCAUAGUCAGCUCAGCUAGACUGAGGACACCAUUUAAAAAUGUCAUUUUAAAUUUACUUGGCUUAUCUUUUGUGUGAUAAGCGGGGGAACUAUGCAAAAAAAAAAAAAAAAGAAUUUGAGAAGAGAGCAAGUAAUUCACAGCACUGUACAUGAUGCAUUUCCCCCCAGUGCUUUCCUCUCAACUUAGUCAUCUGUCAUCCAGGCACUUUUCACACUCAAGCAUGUCACCACCCCAAACUUGAAUGUUAUUAUUUAUUUGUGUGUUAUUUUAAGUGUGGACCACAGGCAUUUUUUGUUGUUGUUGGUGAAUCAUAAUGGCAUGACUGGGCGUUGUCGUUUCAAGGUGACUGUUAAGUUGAACUGCACAUGUUGAAUCUUAAAAUGCCUCAUCACAGCACAAUUUCUCUUUCUUUGUUAUACUUUUCUAUCAUAAAGGCAGCGGCCUUUCCCCCCCCCCCAUCCACUCCCCACAUGCGGAUUGCAUGAUGUCGCUCAGUGCCAUUUUGCCCUCUCUGCUGAUACAGUGGCAGUAUUAGAACGCUUAAUUUGUGUGUUGCAUCAUUUUGUAUUACUGUACUUCACAAAAAUAGUGUUUUGUUUUUUAGUGCCAUUAUUUUGUGAAAAAGCCCUUUUUUCAAAAAACCCCCCCCCCCCCCCAGCAUGUUUGUUCCUUUGCAAGUGACCCUUGAAGCUUCAGACUGACUUUUCAAAGCAUCAUGGAAUUCUUUUUUUAAAAUCUAUUCUAACAACUAGAAUCAGCCACCCCUCUCGUGCUUUAAAAUUUGCAUUCAUUGCUGGCUGUUGUUGAGUUUUUUAUUGACAGGCAGUCAGAGAAGAAUUGGUGUUGUGCUGAAUAAAAACUCACUGGCAAAGCACUCAAUUGUUUUUUUUUUUUUCUUGUAGAAUGACGUUGAUUUACUAACUGGGGUCAUAUCUAUCUCUCUUGGUGUUGCUUCAAUGAAAAACGUGGAUGAACACGACCAUCAUGUUGAUUACUGUUCAACCUGUGUUAAUGCACAUUGUUGGCGAACCUGUAAAUAGCCUUGCAUUGUAUUUGCAUAGAAUCAUGUUACUGUGGCGUGCUGUUUUUAUUUUAUUGCUUUGCUUGUACAAUUCCGCUUCUAAAUGUCCGUGACUGUUGGAAAGACACUCUUUUUGUACAUGACCGUCUUUUUAUUUGAAAAUAUGACUUCUGUCCUUUUUUCAUUCAAAAGUUGAGUUGGAAGAGUUCAGACAUGCCUGAAGUUUGACUUUAAUAAAGCUGUACUCUGUCUCAGUGAA